AUGGCGACCGGAGCCUCGCAAAUUGGGUGUGCCUGCCCGGAGGCGCGCGCCGCCCCCGCGCGGCCCUGCGCGGCCCGCGGCAGGCAUCACGCCCCGGGGGCGCAUCGGCUGGGCGGCAUCCGCCUCGCGGCCAUGCCGCGCGGCAGGCCAGCCGUUUCUGCUUCCGCCACCGCAUCAGAGGCCACUGGGCCUGCCCCGCCGGAGGUGACGCCGAUUGUGAAGAUCGACAACCUGCACGAUCCGUUCGCGACGGUGGUGACCGUUCAGUUCGGCAGCGGGGCGGGCGACCUGCUGGGGGAGCUGCUGGACACGGUGGGCGCGCUGCGCAACCUGGGCCUCAACAUCAAGCGCGCCAAGGUGGACUCGUCCGACCCCGCCAGCCGCCACCGUUUCUACGUCACCGACGCCGCCACUAGCGAGAAGAUCGUCAAGUCCUCCCGCCUGGAGCAGAUCCGAUUGACGAUCCUCAACAACAUGACAACAUUCCAUCCCGAAUCCGCGGACAGGCUGAGCUACGGCCCGCGGGUGCGCCGCGCGGCGUCCCGGGACGCCACGGAGCCGCUGGGCCCGUCGCACCGCAACGCGGUGGACACCACGAUCCGGAUCCGCGAGGACGACACCGGCAGCCACAGCGAGGUGUUCAUCACGACGUGGGACCGCCCAGGGCUGCUCGUGGACAUUGUCGCCACGCUGAAGGACCUGAAUGUCAACGUGGUGUCUGCGGAGGUGGACACUGUGGGGACCGAGGCGCAGGACGAGUUUUUUGUGACCUACAGGGGCGAGCCGCUCAACGCGUCCAUGACGGAGCUGGUGCGAAACGCCCUGCAGUACUUCCUGUCGCUGGCGGAGAUCGAGCGGGAGGAGUCCUAUUGA